AUGGCAACUACUACGGGAUGGGCGCAACUACGUCAACAGAUCCGGACGCUGGAAAGCCAGACUGAAGCCCUAUUCCACACUUAUUCACAAUAUGCGUCCACCCCUAAUCUCCCUCCCAAGCCGUCAGACGAGGAACAAAGGAACGAAGCGGAAAUACAGGAGCUGCUAGAAAAGCGUGAAGGACUGGUCUCGCAACUCGCUCGACUCCUCGACUCCGAAAGCGCCCUGAGCACAUCCAGUCUGAAGCAGAACAAUCUCUCCCGCCACCGUGAAGUCCUCAGUGAACACCGCCAGGAACUCCGUCGCCUUAAAGGCUCCAUAUCCGAAGCUCGUGACCGCCAGCAUCUCCUCGCAAACGUACGCUCCGACAUCGACGCAUUCCGGUCGUCCAACCCAGCCGAGGCCGAGGCCGAAUAUAUGCUCCAAGAGCGGGCCCGAUUGGACCAGAGUCAUAAUGUCAUUGACGGCGUUUUGUCCCAAGCAUAUGCCAUCAACGAGAGUUUCGGGAUUCAGAGAGAGACUCUGGCGAGCAUCAACCGACGAAUUACCAGCGCCGCGGCUCAAAUCCCUGGUGUGAACGGUUUGAUCCAGAGGAUCGGGUCCAAAAGGCGGAGAGAUGGCAUUAUUCUGGGGAGUUUCAUCGCAUUUUGUUUUCUGAUGCUGCUUUACUUCAGUUGA